AGCGAUUCAAGGUAUUCCUGUCUACGGACGAGUUGAAGUCACCAGCCCAUCCAGCAGCAGCAACACAGCACAGCACAGCGCACACCACCGAUCCGUCCGUCAGUAUGUUUCGCGCUUCGGCCUGACUCGCGUGUGUGUCUCUCGCUGUGCUUGAAAGGAGGUGGUCAACAGUGAAAAAAGAAGAAUGAAAAUUAGGUGAAUUGGAAAUUAAAAGUGCCUCAAGUUGUUAACAAGGAAGAAGCAGUUGGGAGGUGUUUCAAUUGGAAGUCGUGUGAAAAGAAUCAGUCAAAUCAAGUUUGAAAGUCUCACUGGAAGUGUGCUAACCGGAGAAGGAUUAGUAGGUGACCUGCCUUGAACUGGAUCGUUCGGAAACCUUCAACCGACUCGGCGAAUCAUCGGACACCCUUACUCCCGUCGUCGAGUGACGUAACUUUUACAAACCCAGCCUGAAAGCAUUCCAAUGAGAGCACCAUGGAAUUGCAGGCGGUAGUUUUUAUUUUAGCACACUUUCUGACAAUAGCUACUUUCACGCGAUGUGCUCAGAUUCCUUCCAUUAAACGAUCUGCCACGAUAUUCACCAAAGAACCCACAGUGCGGAUACAGUGUCUGUCGGGCUCGAUGCUGAUCACGAUCAAGGAUGCACCCGCUAACCUGAACGGUCAGUUCAGUGGGAUGGUGUAUCCGAAGGGGUUGGCGAAAAACUCAACCUGCCUCACCGAGUACCGGGACCAGGAGGCACCGCUGCGCUACAAAUUGCCGCUCAAGAGCUGUAACACGAUGCCCAUCGAAACGGAUGACGGUGGGAUUGAGUUCUUCAACACGAUAGUCCUACAACCACAUCUGAAGCUGGUUACGGAUCUGGGUCGUGGAUACCACGUUCGAUGUCGCUACAAGAGCCGUGAGGCAGCGAUGAAACCUUCGAAAUCACGGGACGACAACCGACCACUGGCACUGACCAGUGCCGAGGGAACCGAUCGACGGGAUUACGGACGGUCCAUGGACAAGGAUCACGCAGUGCAGGAGGAGGACGUUAAACCCAUGCCCGCAUGUCACAUGAAGAUCUUUACCGGGGAGAAAUUGGCGGAGAACGUUAAGAUUGGAGAUCCGCUCACCUUGGUCAUCAACAUCGAUAAGCAGGAUACGUAUGGUUUACACGUAACCGAUUGUUUGGUUCGCGAUGGUCUUGGAUGGGGAGAGCAGAGGCUGAUCAACGACGAAGGCUGCCCGCUGGACAGUGAAAUCUUGGGACCGUUCGAGUACACGGAGGAACAGACCAAGGCAACGGUGACGUUCCCGGCGCACAAGUUCCCGUACACCAAUUCGGUUUACUACCAGUGUAACGUGAAACUGUGCGCUUUGGACGAUCCUGACUGUCACAAGAUACCCACGUGUUCCGGCAGAAACAGUAAGCGAUCGAAGCGUCAGGCGGACGAUGAAGGCCUUCCGGCAACCAUUGAAGUCUUCUCCGGGUUGUAUGUCAACGAGAAUGCUGAAGUUCUUAACGAUGAUGCUGAUUCAGUGUUCAAGGAGAAGACGCCGGAUGACGCCAUCUGUGUAUCCCAGAGGAGUUUUGCCGUUGCCAUUGCCAUUGCUGGUCUCUGUCUGAUGCUGGCCGUCGUUCUCGCAGUGAUGUGUAUCGUAGCCAGACGUAGCGGAAAGACCAUCUCGAACUCGGGAAGCUCGAUUUACAGCGGUCCUUACACCAACACUGCCUUCUCGCAUAGCAGCUAAAACGGAUAAUGAACAAGAACGAUACAGACAAUAGCCGGUAUGCGUGUGUGAGUGUGAAUAACGAACCCAGUGUGAUAGGAUAUUUUAUUAGGCGUGGAAAUCUCGAGUACUAGGAUGUGUGACUACUGUGAUUCUUCCUUUUUUAAAACAACUAACGAAACAACGAUCUACUUUUUGUAACACAAAGCAAAUCGUGAAGCAACGAGCACAAAUUUCAUAGGGUAACCGUGCCAACUAGUGGAAAUAGGUACUUUUAAAAACUAGAAAACCUCACUUUAUUGGUAAUAGAAAACUGCAAGACAUCUUCGAGAGUAUUAUAUCCCAAGUUUGGAGUGGAACUUAAACAAGUUAUGUAAAACUUUGCUACCUUAACAAACUUUUAAAUAUUUCUGGACAACGCAUUAUUUAAAAAGUUCCUUACCUACCGGUUGUCCACAAAUAUUGCAGAGGCCAAUCUCAAAGAUUGAAACUCUUGACAACAUUGAAACAUGAACUGGAGAAAUCUAAACUAUUUUGUAUUUCUUCAUUUCAUGUCCCACCUUUGGUGUCAAACCUCUGUCUGUUAGCGUGUAACUAUUUUCAAACUAAUUUUUAGUAAAAAAAACUCCGUCCAAUUGUUAUACAUUUGCACAAGAACUGUCCAAGCUAAGUCAGGUGAUGGGUGUUUCCUCUUCGGUUCUUCCUAAGCUAUCCACCUCUCCACCUCUAACUUAAGUCGGUUUGAAUGAAAUAUAGUUUUAAAUUUUAAUUUUUACAUAAGCAACGAACAAUACACGAAGAAUGAAUCGUUUGUAAGUCAAGAACUUUGAUACGAUCAAAUAUUUUUCUCUUGGAAUACAUAGUCAAACAUGGGACAUCGAUUACAGCAUUCCUACUUCUAAUCGAAAAUAUUUCUUUGUAUCUCAGUUCCGUGUGAAUAAAAACACAAAGUUACACUAAACUUCAAAAACAUCCAAGUGGAAACGUAACAACGAUACGAAAAGAAUUUAAAAUUCAUUCUGACACCUGCACAAAUGCACUAAAUAGGAAAUUGAUGAUUUGUAUCUGUAAUCAAAAACAAACGAAAUUAAUAAAAAGAACAUCUGGUUGAUAGUCA